CCGCGCCCGCCGCGCCCGCCGCGCCGCCCUGCGCCCCCAGCGCCCCUGGCUCCGAGCCCGCGGGUGCGCAGGAUCCUGGCCUGGAUGCGGUGUCGGCGCCCGCCCCGGACGGGCCUCGAGAGGAGGCGGUAGCGGUGAGGAAGGAGGACGCAGGGGCGCCUGAGGCCAGGCCGGAGCCCGGGCCUGUCCGCCGGGAUGAGCCCGAGGAGGAGGAGGACGAUGAGGAUGACCUCAAGGCCGUGGCCACCUCCCUGGACGGCCGCUUCCUCAAGUUCGACAUCGAGCUGGGCCGCGGCUCCUUCAAGACGGUGUACAAGGGGCUGGACACGGAGACCUGGGUGGAGGUGGCCUGGUGCGAGCUGCAGGACCGGAAGCUCACCAAGCUCGAGCGGCAGCGGUUCAAGGAGGAGGCCGAGAUGCUCAAGGGCCUGCAGCACCCCAACAUCGUGCGCUUCUAUGACUUCUGGGAGUCCAGCGCCAAGGGGAAGCGGUGCAUCGUGCUGGUGACGGAGCUGAUGACCUCCGGGACGCUGAAGACGUACCUGAAGCGGUUCAAAGUGAUGAAGCCCAAGGUGCUGCGCAGCUGGUGCCGGCAGAUCCUGAAGGGGCUGCUGUUCCUGCACACCCGGACACCCCCCAUCAUCCACCGGGACCUCAAGUGUGACAACAUCUUCAUCACUGGGCCCACCGGCUCCGUCAAGAUUGGCGACCUGGGCCUGGCAACCCUCAAGAGAGCGUCCUUUGCCAAAAGUGUGAUAGGCACCCCCGAGUUCAUGGCGCCCGAGAUGUACGAGGAGCACUACGAUGAGUCCGUGGACGUGUACGCCUUCGGCAUGUGCAUGCUGGAGAUGGCCACCUCGGAGUACCCCUACUCGGAGUGCCAGAACGCCGCGCAGAUCUACCGCAAGGUCACCUGUGGCAUCAAGCCGGCCAGCUUUGAGAAAGUGCACGAUCCCGAAAUCAAGGAGAUUAUUGGGGAGUGCAUCUGCAAAAACAAGGAGGAGAGGUACGAGAUCAAGGACCUGCUCAGCCACGCCUUCUUCGCGGAGGACACGGGCGUGAGGGUGGAGCUGGCUGAGGAGGACCACGGCCGGAAGUCCACCAUUGCCCUGAGGCUCUGGGUAGAGGACCCCAAGAAACUGAAGGGCAAGCCCAAGGACAAUGGGGCCAUAGAGUUUACC